CACGGGCCGCCUGUCCCUGUCCCCAUCCCGCUCCUUCCCGUGCCCCUUCCGAGCGUCCGCGGGCCGGCGCGCAGCGCAGCGCAGCUCCGGACAAAUGAAGAAAAUACGUCCUGUGCAGAGUAAAAGAACUUGAUACUGGGAAGAAUCUUACAGCACUUCUAACUUCAAAGCUGGAGAAAAGUAUGAAGGAACAGUCCAUCUGACUCCCUCAGCAUCUCACACAGACCACAAAAUGGCUCUUCAGAAAAAAACUGUUGUUGGUGUCUUGGAGGAGUGGUGUUUGGCGGAACCACUGUUCGGGUGCAGGUGGCACCAAAAUGUCAGGAAAAAACUGAGACUGAUACGAAUUGUAGGGCUCCUUGUCAGUGUAGUGGCCAUUAGUACUUUCUCACUUUCAAUGAGUGCCUUUUUCAAGAUGGAACCACAUAGCAUGGCACUGGUCAGCAGCCUAGAUAGCCAAAAGCUGGUGCAUGGGCACCAAAGAACUCUCUUGGAUUUCACAGAACAGAAUGAAAACGGCACUCCAGAUCCACAUGCUUCUAUGAAAUAUGAAGCUGGACACGACAAUGAAACAGAUGAUCAUGCAAAGGGAGAGUACCCCGAGGACCUUUUCUCUCUUGAGGAGAGAAGACAGGGAGCAGUGAUACUCCAUAUAAUUGGAAUGAUUUACAUGUUUAUAGCCUUAGCCAUAGUCUGUGAUGAGUUCUUUGUUCCUUCCUUGACUGUCAUCACUGAAAAACUGGCCAUUUCUGAUGACGUGGCAGGUGCAACCUUCAUGGCUGCUGGUGGGUCAGCCCCAGAACUCUUCACUUCUUUGAUAGGAGUGUUUAUAUCCCACAGCAACGUUGGCAUUGGUACCAUAGUGGGAUCUGCCGUGUUCAAUAUCCUAUUUGUUAUUGGAAUGUGUGCUUUAUUUUCUAAAGAGAUCUUGAACCUUACUUGGUGGCCACUCUUUCGAGAUAUGUCCUUUUACAUCAUUGACUUGAUCUUGCUAAUCAUCUUUUUUCUGGAUAACUUCAUAAUGUGGUGGGAAAGCAUAACACUCCUGACAGCAUAUUUUUUCUAUGUGACAUUUAUGAAGUUCAAUGUCCAAGUAGAAGAAUUGGUGAAGAAAUUUUUAAACAGGAACAAGGUUGAGAAGGUAACAACAGAUGCUGAAGGAAAGUCACCUAAUGCUGGAGACAAGGAUGACCAAACAUUGACGACCAAGCCACGUCUCCAGCGGGGAGGAAGCUCCGCAUCUCUCCACAACAGUCUAAUGAGGAACAGCAUCUUCCAGCUCAUGAUUCACACACUUGACCCACUUGCCGAAGAGCUUGGAUCAUAUGGAAACCUAAAAUAUUAUGACACAAUGACUGAUGAAGGAAAGUUCAAGGAAAGGGCCUCAAUUCUGCAUAAGAUUGCCAAAAAAAAGUGCCAGGUGGAAGACAGUGAAAGGCAGAAUGGAGCUGCUAAUCAUGAGAAAGGUGCAAAAGUGGAAGUUGCAGUAACACCGCCGAGCGAUUCAGGACCAGUGCAGAAUGGAAUCGCCCAUAAUGUUGAAGAGCUUUUCUUACAGAGUGAAGAGGAUGAGGAGGAGCAGCCUCUCAGCCUGGCCUGGCCUGAAACCCCACGCAAGCAGGUCACCUAUCUUCUCGUGUUACCCAUUGUUUUUCCACUGUGGGCUACCCUGCCAGAUGUCAGAAAACCUACAUCAAGAAAAUUUUUUCCUAUCACGUUUUUUGGCUCUAUCAGCUGGAUUGCCUUCUUUUCUUACUUGAUGGUCUGGUGGGCACACCAGGUUGGAGAGACCAUUGGUAUUACUGAAGAAAUCAUGGGAUUGACUAUUCUAGCUGCUGGCACAUCCAUUCCUGACCUUAUUACCAGUGUUAUUGUAGCACGCAAAGGUCUGGGGGACAUGGCUGUAUCCAGUUCUGUUGGAAGCAACAUAUUUGACAUCACAGUGGGAAAACAGGCUUUUUUGCGAUCACGUCACUCGUCGUCGUAAAUGAGCAUCUGCAAGGGCUUGUAACUUCCUUUUUCAUGGAGAAAGAGUACCAACACAAUGUGGUCACAAGUGAUACAUUACAAACAGAGUGAAGACCCACAGCAAAUUAUGUAAAUAUUGAAUGUAUGUAGCGUUUUCAAAUAACUUUUAUCUUUUUUCAUUAAAUAUAGUUUUUUUUCUAUCCAAGUGCUUUUGCUUUUAUUUUGUACCUGUGUGGUUGCUGAUGACACAUCUUUCAAUACUUGAAUCGUUCAUGCUGUGACCAUAUUGCACCGUUCUUUCUUGAUCAAAAUAUGUUUUACCCAGAGAAAGUCAUCCAGAGAAAACUUCCAGAUCUUUUAUAUUCUUUGAACUCUACACAGUCCUCAUUCAUACUAAGGUUAUAUGAGAAUAUGAGAAUCAAAACAACUCCCUUAGAAUUUUGUUCUUUUUAGGUUAAUAUUUUCCUUUUUAGUAUUUAUUAAAUUGAUCACUUUCUAAUUCUAAGAAUGUUUCAUAAGAGCUACAUGAAAAACAAGUUUUACAGAGUUAACUGACUGUGUUGGUUCAGCCUGGUUUUUGGUAGCAGGAAGGCUACUGUGAGAAGAUGCUAGAAUCUUCCACCAUGUCUGACACAGCUAAUCUCUGAUGGCUCUGAAGAUGGACAUGCUGCUGGCCCAAUUAGAAAGGCUGGCAGUGCCUUUGUGAUGACAUAUUUAAGAAGACAAUCAAAACAGUGCAGGUGGAGUUAUUUUCCAGGGGUGGUGAAGCACCACCACUGGGAGCCAUCCCCAGCGUGGUGCAUGGCAAUGCACUGCCGCAGCUGCCACCAUCUCGGCGCAGCCCGUGGCUUCUCCUUGCCUGCCUGGCUGCCCUAGCCAGCCGCACUGCAGGUGAAAAAGCAGGCAGCAGUGGCAGCAGCUUCUCCUUCCCGGCACACCGCAUGAAGAAAGGUGUUAAAUAGCACCAGCACCGUGGCAGCCACCACUGCCUGUGCAAUGGCAGUGGGGUUGCCUGGCUGGCAGCAGAAGCAUGACAAGUGAUUCCCCGACACAGAACCUAGACAAAAUCAACUUCUUGGCACUGCAGGACCUUGCAAGAAUCUUUGAAUUAGUGGAACUUGUUGACAAUGGUGCCUAUAAGCAGCAGUUUUUCUUCUAGUCAGAGAAGACGAGGAAGUGAGGACAUGUGAGGGAAAACAACAUGCUGACACCAAGGUCAGUGGAAAAGAAAGAGGAGGAGGAGGUGCUUCAAGUGCCAGGGCCAAGAUUCUUCUGCAAGCCAUGGUGAGGACCAUGAUAAAACAACCUGUCCCCUUGCAAUGCACAAAGUCCAUGGGGGAUGCAGAGAUCCACUCACAGCCCAUAAGAAAAGUGGUCAUGCUGAAGCAGGUAGAUGUUAAGAGAAAGCUGUGGUCUAGUGGGAGACCCAAAGGGAGAGAGAGAGGGCCUUUGCUUCCAAACUAGAGCAGCCUAUUCUUUGAGGACUGCACCCCGCGGAUAAGUGAUCCAUGCCACAACAGUUUUGAGAAGACUGUUUGCCUGUGGUAGGAACCCCACAGCAUAGCAGAGAAUGACUUGUCUCUGUGAGCAAACAGAAAAAGAACUCGAGUGAUGAGCUGCCCAAAACCACCAUGCCCUGUCUCCCUGUGCUGUCUGUCGGAAAGAGGGAUGGGCUGGGGGGAAAAAAAAGGUAUUUUAAAGACUUAUUUUACUUCUCAUUAUCCUCCUCUGACUCUGUUAAUAAUAAAUAUAUACCUUUAAAUUUGAACCUGUUUUGCUGUUAGAGUGUU